AUGGGCGAAUACCACGAUGCGUAUUUAAUGACGGAUGUUCUACUACUUGCCGACAUCUUUCAAAAUUUCCGCGAAGUAUGCCACGCUAAUUAUGCGCUCGAUGCCGCUCAUUUUUAUUCCGCACCCGGCUUAGCAUGGAAGGCAGCGUUGAAGUAUACGGGUGUAAGGCUGGAGCUCCUUACGGAUCCUGAUAUGUUACUGAUGUUUGAAGAGGGAAUUAGAGGUGGAAUCACCCAGGCUGUACACCGAUAUGCCAAGGCGAAUAACAAAUAUAUGGCUGAUCAGUAUGAUCCUAAUGAAGAAUCGUCAUAUCUUCAAUAUUUGGAUGCUAACAAUUUAUAUGGCUAUGCAAUGAUGGAAAAGCUCCCAGCCCAUGGUUUCAAAUGGAUAUCAAAUGUGGAGAUAAUCAAUGAAAAGAAGAUUGAGAAGCUGGUAUCUGAUAACAAGCAUGGGUACCUCCUGGAGGUCGAUAUUGAUUACCCGAAGGAGCUCCACGACAAACACAACGAGCUUCCCUUCCUACCGAAGCGCAAGAUGAUUCACAGAGUUGAAAAGCUCAUACCAAAUCUCGAACACAAGCGUAAGUAUGUAGUUCAUAUAUCGGCUCUUCAUCAAGCUAUUAAGCAUGGCCUCGUAUUGAAAAAAGUCCACCGCGCUAUCCAAUUUCAACAUAGUGCAUGGCUCCGGGACUAUAUAGAUCAUAACACGAGGCUUACAACGGCCGCCAAAAACGAGUUCGAGAAGGGUUCUUAUAAGUUUAUGAAUCUCUUGGUCUUUGGAAAAACCAUGGAUAAUAUACGCAAUCACCGCAACAUCAAGCUAGCCACGAAUAAAGCCGCAUAUACGAAGCUGACCAUGCAACCAAAUUUCAAGAGCGGCACUUGUUUCGGUAAGAAUCUUAUGGGUAUUGAGAUGGGUAGGACGGCCAAAGUACGGCAGCAAGCUCAAACUCUGUUACACGGCACGGACUCGUUCGUGUACCACAUUCGAACAGAGGACUUCUAUCGGGAUAUUGCUGAUGAUGUAAAGACACGCUUCGAUACGAGUGCCUAUAGCAAAGAUAAUAAUAGACCUCUCCACAUCGGCAAAAACAAGAAGGUAGUAGGCUUGAUAAAGGAUGAGCUAGGCGGUAAGAUCAUGACUUCAUUCAUCACAUUGAGACCGAAGGCUUUUGCAUACAGGAGUCUCACAAAAGAGGUGGGGUGA